GAGGUGGCAUCAAUUUUUAACGUCUUCUCAAAGAGUAAUCGUACAAUCAUGUUUUUCUUUUUUUAGCGUUUCUUAAUUCAAGCCACGGUAAACUCAUUCGAGCUUGGACGAGCAAUCUACAUACAAACACCAGUAGGAUAUCCACGGUCUGUCCGUCUAUGAAGUGGCCACGAAAGAGAAAAGCGUAGUUAAGGUGGUAAUGCGGUUACUGGAGCUGCCAAUCAUCAAAUACCACCGUGGAAUAUUGAAUGUUCAUCAGCGGAGGCGUCUACGACAAAGCAAAUUGUUUAUCAGCCCGGAGCUACGUGAAUUACAAUCCAAGGAGCUCAGCGUUCCCUCGGUGCUCCGGGGAUGCCGGUGUUCACGUAUAAAAAGCCAUGUCGAAACGAUAGACCGUGCAUUCUUCCGCCAAUUUCAGGUCCAUCACCAUACAGAUAUGAACUUAACGUUCACCCUCCUCUGUCUAAUGGCAGUCAUCUGGUCUUAUAAAAAAUGCGAAGCAGCUCCUGAACCCUCUAAUAUUCAUCACAAAUUUCGAAGCCGCCCUAUAGCGCGAGGGUACACCGUGGAAAAUUCAUUUGGCGAAUCCGAUGAUUAUGGGCAUAUGAGAUUCGGAAAACGGGAAGAAUACGACGAUUACGGUCAUUUGCGAUUCGGAAGGCGUCUCGAAUGAAUAGUAAUAGUACUGAUCGAUUAUAGACACGAUUGUGUAGUGAUGUUUCACCGUGGUUGCUACAAGAGUCAUUGUAUUUAGA